AGGGGUAGUACCUCGAAUCACUCACGAAGGUUUUAGGCAUCCUCGAAUUUGCCUAAUUUCAGUAUAAUAUCAUUUUCCAAUUUUAAUGUUUUUCAUUGAUAUUACAUUUCUUCCACUCCAUUUCCAUUUUCCUUGUUCAAUUUCCAUUUCAGUAAUUUGCGCGUUACAGACAUGGGCGGGCGAAGGAGAAAAAACAAUUAAAAAGUUGUUGAGAGAGAGCUGAGCGACAAAGAGAGAGCAAGAUUCUGAGAGAGUGAGAGGGCAUUGAGAGAGAAAGAGAGAAUGAAACACUGAGAGAGUGUUGGGUAUUUGGCGGUUGAAGGCCGUGCACCACCACGUCGCUACUCCGGCCAACGCGCGACAGAGGAGAGAGAGGCUUUGCCGUUGAGGCUGUAGCUCCGGAUUUCCCUUCCCAAAAACGACUUCCUACCUUAGCCUUUUCUUUUAUUAGUAUGGCCGAUUCAGGUGAAAAUCAGCAGCCCGAACAAGUCUGCAACUUCUUCAGAAAGCCAUCAAGAAAUAAAAACAUCAGAAAACGAACAGUUGAUGAAGACGAAGAGGAGGAUUCAAAAACAGAAGGCUCAUUCUUACAUAGUCAGAAAAAAACCUUAAAGCCUGACAAUAAACUGUUUUUUUCUAGUGGGUCUUCUAAGAACAAUACGUCUACUGAAGCGAAGGGAGAAUCUGAAAACCCAGUUUUUCAGUUUGAGUCUUCUAAGGAAAUUCAAGUUGAACAUGAUAGCAGAGCAACAGCAACACUGGAAACAGAGACUGAUUUCUCAAAAGAUUCUCGAGCAUUCCGUGAGAAAGCUCUUAAGCAGGCGGAGGAGGCUUUGAAAGGGAAAGGAAAGAGCUCUGGAGAUGACAAGUUGUAUAAAGGGAUCCAUGGAUAUACUGAUUACAAGGCUGGUUUCCGAAGAGAGCAAACAAUUUCCAGUGAGAAAGCUGGUGGGGCACAUGGGCCUUUGAGGGCUUCUGCUCACAUUAGAGUUUCGGCAAGAUUUGAUUAUCAGCCAGAUAUAUGUAAGGAUUACAAAGAGACUGGUUACUGUGGAUAUGGAGAUUCAUGCAAGUUUAUGCAUGAUCGAGGGGAUUACAAGUCUGGAUGGCAGAUGGAGAAGGAGUGGGAGGAAGCAGAGAAAGCAAGGAAGAGAAAUCUAGCUUUGGGAAUAGAUGAUGUGGAUGAUGGGGGUGUAGACCCUGGUGAUGAAGAUGAUGAUGAUUCGUUGCCCUUUGCAUGUUUCAUUUGUAGGCAGCCUUUUGUCGAUCCUGUACUAACCAAGUGCAAGCACUAUUUCUGUGAGCAUUGCGCAUUAAAGCAUCAUUCGAAGAACAAGAAAUGCUUUGUUUGCAAUCAGCCUACUCUUGGCAUUUUCAAUACAGCUCAUGAAAUACGCAAAAGGAUGGCUGCGGAGGGUAAAUAAUGGUCUCAGUGGCUCGUCAUGAUCUUUAUUUUGUAGCAUUGUUUUUUCCCCUGAGCUCUUUUAGUAUUGUUGGAAUUUUUCCUCUUGUUUUUUUUGAAAGAGGAAUUUCAGUUCUCUGUUUCUCUUGUAUAUACAUGUGCGAUGCCUUCGACAAAUUCUCAAUGAAUCGAUUAUUACUUGAA